AGUGGUUAUCGUCGGAGCAGUUGCUGUAAAUCAGAAAAGAGAUUUAAUCUCAAUAAAAAUAUGAGCUCGGUCAGAGAGGAAGGUAAAGACCGAAUUAUCUUUGUCACCAAAGAGGAUCAUGCGACACCCAGCAGUGCUGAGCUCAUAGAGGAAGAUCCCAACGACCCAUAUGAGGAGCGAGGUCUGAUUCUUCCCAGCGGGGAGAUCAACUGGAACUGUCCCUGCCUGGGUGGGAUGGCCAGUGGUCCCUGUGGGACUGAAUUUAAGGACGCCUUCUCCUGUUUCCACUACAGUAAGGAGGAGGUGAAGGGUUCUGAAUGCCUGGAGCAGUUCAGAGCCAUGCAGGAGUGUAUGCAGCGUUACCCGGAGCUCUACCCUCAAGAAGAUGAUGAUAAGGUGCAACAGGAACAAUCAUCAGACACAGGACAGACCUCACAGGACUCUGGAGCUGCAGAAACAUCAGGUGCAAACUCAACAUCUGCCACCGAGCAGGACUCUGAUACCACACAAUCCAACACAGAGGGCUCCACGGAGAGUUAAUAAAGAGCCUCGGUGGCAACUAGGGCUGGGUAUCGGAACUUGGUACCUUUAAGGUAUCAACUGGAAUAGCCACGUACCAAGAAGUAUCAAAACUUCUCCAGUCAAACGAUACCUGCAUUCAUCGCUUUUAUAUCCAGAUUUGAAAAAUCUAACUGUUUUUGCUUACAGCCAAUUUAUGGCAUUCUUUGAUUUAAUGCGACGUGUGAUUGGCACACUACCACAGCAGCUACAACCCAUACAGUCUGCGGUUUGGUGAAGUCAGGCGUGGUGUAUUUGAUGGCGUUGACAGUUCAACGUGCUGAGACGCCACCAAAACAUUAGAAAGUAUGGCUAUACCACAGCUUUGGCGUCUCGUGGCAUUUUACUCCGCUGAAUUGUUUUGUUUCCAUGACAGGUUUCAAAUGAAGAAUAAAAGGGUAUCAAAUGAAGUCCUCAGCUGGUAUCAGUGUCACUUUAAGGGUACUGGUUUUGGUACUGGUUACACAUUU